GCGGCUCCGGGGAAGAUGGCGGCCCGGGCGGGCUUCCAGGCUGUGGCUCCGAGCGGCGGCGCUGGGGCCUCGGGAGGGGCGGGCGCGGCGGCUGCCCUGGGCCCGGGAGGGACGCCGGGGCCGCCCGUGCGAAUGAGCCCGGCGCCGGGCCAAGGGCUCUACCGCUCCCCGAUGCCCGGAGCGGCCUAUCCGAGACCAGGUAUGCUGCCAGGGAGCCGAAUGGCACCUCAGGGACCUUCCAUGGGACCCCCUGGCUAUGGGGGGAACCCUUCAGUGCGACCUGGCCUGGCCCAAUCAGGGAUGGACCAGUCCCGCAAGAGACCUGCACCUCAGCAAAUUCAGCAGGUCCAGCAGCAGGCAGUCCAGAAUCGAAACCACAAUGCAAAGAAAAAGAAGAUGGCUGACAAAAUUCUACCUCAAAGGAUUCGUGAGCUGGUACCAGAAUCCCAAGCCUAUAUGGAUCUCUUGGCGUUUGAAAGGAAGCUAGACCAGACUAUCAUGAGGAAAAGGCUAGAUAUCCAGGAAGCCUUGAAACGACCUAUUAAGCAAAAACGGAAGCUUCGAAUUUUCAUUUCUAACACUUUCAAUCCGGCUAAGUCAGAUGCUGAGGAUGGGGAAGGGACAGUGGCUUCCUGGGAACUUCGGGUGGAAGGACGACUUCUGGAAGAUUCAGCCUUGUCCAAAUAUGAUGCCACCAAACAAAAGAGGAAGUUCUCUUCUUUUUUUAAGUCAUUGGUAAUCGAACUGGACAAAGACCUGUACGGGCCAGACAACCAUCUGGUAGAAUGGCACAGGACCGCCACUACCCAGGAGACGGAUGGCUUCCAGGUGAAGCGGCCAGGAGACGUGAAUGUCCGGUGUACUGUUCUACUGAUGUUGGAUUACCAGCCUCCCCAGUUUAAAUUAGACCCUCGACUAGCUCGGCUCUUGGGUAUCCACACUCAAACCCGCCCAGUGAUCAUCCAAGCACUAUGGCAAUAUAUUAAGACACAUAAACUCCAGGACCCUCAUGAGCGGGAGUUUGUCAUCUGUGACAAAUAUCUGCAGCAAAUCUUUGAGUCUCAACGGAUGAAGUUUUCAGAGAUCCCCCAACGGCUCCAUGCCUUGCUUAUGCCACCAGAGCCUAUUAUUAUUAAUCAUGUCAUCAGUGUUGAUCCUAAUGAUCAGAAAAAGACUGCCUGUUAUGAUAUUGAUGUGGAAGUGGAUGAUACCUUGAAGACGCAGAUGAAUUCUUUUCUGCUUUCUACAGCCAGCCAGCAGGAGAUUGCUACAUUAGACAACAAGAUCCAUGAGACAAUAGAAACUAUCAAUCAGCUGAAGACCCAGCGGGAGUUCAUGCUGAGCUUUGCCAGAGACCCUCAGGGUUUCAUCAAUGACUGGCUUCAGUCUCAGUGCCGGGAUCUCAAGACCAUGACUGAUGUAGUGGGUAACCCUGAGGAGGAACGCCGAGCUGAAUUUUACUUCCAACCUUGGGCUCAGGAGGCUGUGUGCCGCUACUUCUAUUCCAAGGUGCAGCAGAGACGACAAGAAUUAGAGCAAGCCCUGGGAAUCCGAAAUACAUAGGGCCUCUCCCACAGCCUUGAUUUGGCUGCACCGAUUAUUUGGGCCCUGUGCUGCCUGCCUCAAAGCAGCUGCCUUGCUUGGGUCUUGCUUGGGGCCUUUUGAGGGAUGUUACUGAUUUACGGACAACACCAUAGCGAAGAGGGUCUCAAAUUCUGUCUCACAAGACACCUAUUGCCCUCUUUCCCCAUCCCUUUCUAUCUUCUUGGUUCCCUACCCUCCCUUCUCUCCCCCUCCCCCCCCCCCCCCCCAGUUCCCAUGUGCCUCUCACUGCCCCAGUCUACAAAGAACUUCUAUAGUUAGUGUUAGAGAAAGACCCUGUAGUGGUAAUCAUAGCUCUAAAGGACUGGGCCUAAGGCCAAGUGGUCUUCAGGGGGACCAGCUACACUGAUCCUGCGCUCCAGAGACCCAAGAAUGGGGAGAUCUUUAACCCCUUCUCCAACACUCAGGCCUGGGGGGUGGGGCACUGUAUAAGCUAGUUGGUCAUGGUUUUCCAGAUAAGAGAAUCCAGUUUCCUUCCUUCCCUCCACAGGCUUGAAGCAAACUCUCCCUCUACUUGUUGCCCUCUAGCACUAAUGGAACCCUCGCUCCUGAGCUCCACUGAGCCAGGUCCGUCCCAGCCCUCUGGACUGGCCUGCUAUUUCAGUGCUUCUCUUUCUCCCUAGUGGGGGGGAGGGGGUCUACAACAGUAUUGGAGUUUGUUCUUUAACUAAUGUUCCCUCCUAGCACGUUCCCUGUAGCUGCUCUUUUUGGGAUUUCCUCUAUUUGUUCUAACCGUAAAGGGCAUUUGGAUGAGGGAAUCUUGCCUUUCCCAGUACCAGGGAUCAAACCUAUCUUUGCCAGUGGAGGCUGAUUCUUUCUGCUGUCACUGGAGGUGUGGACAUUCACUCACCUCACUCUGCUUCGCCCAUCCUUUCAUUGAGAAAUGAGCCUAAAAAUCAAACGGGUAAAAGCCCUGGGCCAUACCUGUCUUCCUGUCCUUGUUCAGUUGACACUCACUGGUGACUUCUUGGGCACUAAGGAGUAAAAGUGCCUAGGGCUAGACAAUAGCUGAGUUGGGUUUGUGACUCCUCCCCCUGCCUCAUAGGAAUAUACUCCUGAGCCCCUGCCCCCAAAGCUUCAGACCCCUCAGGUAGCAGCAGGACCUUGUGAUCUUGGCCCCUUGGAACUGAGAUGGUUUUGCAUCAUUUCAGGAGAGCCCCAGAUUCUUCCAGAUUGAUAACUUUCAAGUUAGUAUAUCCCAAGCUCGCAGGUUCAACACAACAGGUGGGAGAUAGCUGGGCACAUAAGGGGAAUUCCAUCAUUAUGGUCUCAACCCAUAGAACUGACAAGCCCCUGCUUACCCACCCCUCCUCAGGCUCCUGCGGGCACACACCCCCUAGCCCUCUACCUGUUUCUCAUAGAACUCCCUAUCUUUCCCUUUCUACUAUUGUCCCACCUGUCUCAUAGUGACGUUAGACCUCCUGUCCUUGGGGCUGGAACCAUGCGAAGGAAGUUCAGCACUCCUGUAUACAAUGUCCUUGUUGAAGAUAACUUUUUAUUAACUGAAUUAUUUUUUUUUUCAUGGACCAAAAUUUUUUUUGUACUACCCCCUUAUUGAUGUCACCUAGUUUUAAUAAAAGAACCUUCUGAAGGAUGGGUUCCCUUCCUACUAAGGAGGAGCUCUUCCUGGCUCUUUCUCCAUGGCA